AUGACCCGAUAUCUCCUGCAACGCCUGACCCUCGGCCUGGCCAUCCUGGUGGUCGCCGUCUCGGCCCUCUACGCCUUCAUGGUCACGCUGCCGGGCGACCCGACCAGCGUGCUGCUCGGCCCCCGCGCCACUGAAGAGAUGCGCCUCCACUUCGCCGAGCGCAUGGGCCUGGACAAGCCGCUGCCGGUGCAGAUCGUCGACUUCUGGGGCCGCGUGCUCCAGGGCGACCUGGGCGAGGACGUGCUGCGCAACCGCCCGGUGGCCGUGCCGGUGCUGGAGGCCCUGCCCAACACCCUGAUCCUGAUCUUCGCCUCGAUCGCCUGGGCGGCGACCCUGGGGACACUGCUCGGCGCCUUCUCCGCCGCCUACCGCAACAGUCUGCUCGACCGCAUCACCGGCGUGCUCUCGGUCGGCUUCCUGGCCGCGCCCUCCUUCGUGGUGGCGCUGUGGAGCCUGCUGCUCUUCGCCGUGGUGCUGAACUGGUUCCCCGCGAUCGGCGCCGGCGAGCGCGGCGACCUGCUCAGCCGCCUGCACCACCUGGUGCUGCCGGCCUUCGCGAUCGGCCUGGCCUGGGUCGGCUACAUCGCGCGGAUCGUGCGCGCCUCCAUGCUGGAGGUGCUGGGCGAGAACCACAUCCGCACGGCGCGCGCCUUCGGCCUGCCGCCGCGCAAGAUCAUCUACGGCUACGCCCUGCGCGUGGCCAUCCUGCCGGCGGUCUCCGUGCUGGGCGUCGGCGUCGGCGGGCUGCUGUCCAGCGCCGUCUUCGCCGAGAUCGUCUUCGCGCGCCCCGGCAUCGGCCGGCUGAUCUUCGAGUCGGUGACCAGCCGCAACUAUCCCCUGGUCAUGGGCUCGAUGCUGGUCGCCAUCGCCUUCUUCAUCUUCUGCACCCUGGUCGCCGACCUGGUAGCCAUGAGCACGCUUUCCAACGCGCAAGGCGGCGCCGGCGGGUUCCGCCACAGCGCCCUGGGCCGGCUGCUGUCCGACCCGCUGGCCGUGGCGGCGAUCACCAUCAUCGCCCUGCUGGCGGUCGGGGCGAUCUUCGCCGACUGGCUGGCGCCUUACGACUACUCGGCGAUGAACGUCAUGGCGCGCUUCGCGCCGCCCUCGCUCGAGCAUCCGCUGGGCACCGACAACCUGGGCCGCGACACGCUCUCGCGGCUGCUCCACGGCGCGCGCAUCGCCCUCUUCGUCGGCCUCAGCGCGGUCGGCCUGGCCGCCGCCAUCGGCCUGACGCUGGGCAUGAUCGCCGGCUUCGGGCCGCGCUGGCUGGACAACGCCAUCCUCUUCCUGUUCGACACGCUGCGCGCCUAUCCCACCAUCAUCCUGGCCCUGGCCCUCGGCGCCCUGCUGCCGCGCGGGCUGGGCACGGUGAUCUUCGUGGUGGUGCUGACCUCGCUGAGCGAGUACGGCCGCGUGGCGCGGACCCAGACCCAGGCCCUGCGCGGCAAGGAGUUCAUCGACGCCGAGCGCGCGAUGGGCGCCUCGGCCGGGCGCAUCCUGACCAAGCACAUCCUGCCCAACGUGCUGGGGCCCUUCUUCAUCCUGGCGGCCAUCAACCUGCCGGUGGUGAUCACCAUCGAGGCCGGCAUGAGCUUCCUGGGCGUCGGCGUCGAGCCCGGCACGCCGAGCUGGGGCGCCACCUUGAAGAACGGCUUCGACUACAUCCGCAACACGCCCUGGCUGAUCAUCGCCGGCGGCGUGCCGCUGAUUCUCGUCACGCUCGGCUUCACCUUCCUGGGCGAGGCCCUGCGCGACGUGCUCGCGCUGCGCGACGUGGACCUGAUGGUGCCCGCCGGCGAGGUCGUCGGGCUGGUCGGCGAAUCGGGCUGCGGCAAGUCCACCCUGAUCUCGGCGGUGCUGCGCCUGCUGGCGGAGAACGCCGAGGUGCCGGCCGGCGAGAUCCGGCUCGCCGGCGAGGACCUGCUGACCCUCGGGGAGGGGGAGAUGCGCCGGCGCCGCGGCCGCGACGUCUCGGUGGUCUUUCAGGACCCGAUGACCGGGCUCAACCCGGUGCUGACGAUCGGCCGCCAGAUGGUCGACAUCCAACACCGCGAGCGCCUGUCGCGCGCGCAAAAGCGCAAGCGGGCCGCGGAGAUGCUGGAGCGGGUGCACAUUCCCGACCCCGGCGCGCGCCUGGAUGCCUACCCGCACGAGCUGUCCGGCGGCAUGCGUCAGCGCGUGGCCAUCGCCAUGGCGGUGAUGAUGCAGCCCAAGCUGCUGAUCGCGGACGAGCCGACCACCGCGCUGGACGCCACCCUGGAAGUGCAGAUCAUCGAGCUGCUGCAGGAGCUGCAGCGCGACAUCGGCUGCGCCAUCCUGUUCAUCUCGCAUCACCUGGGGGUGAUCGCCGAGCUCUGUCAGCGCAUGGUGGUGAUGUACGCCGGCGAGGCGGUGGAGGAGGGCCGCGUGCGCGACGUCUUCCACGCGCCGGCGCAUCCCUACACCCGCGCCCUGCUGGACUGCGAUCCCGGGCGCAUCCACGAGCCCGCCGCGGCCCUGCCCUCGAUCCCCGGCAGCCUGCCCGACCUGACGGCGCCGCCGCCCGGCUGCAUCUUCGCGGCGCGCUGCCCGCGGGCCGAGGCCCUGUGCCGCGAACGCGCGCCGGCGCGCCAGGGUGGCGCAAUGAGCGAUGCCCUGCUGAAGCUGGAGAACCUGCGGGUUCGCUUCCCCGUCGCCCGGGGGCUGUCCGGCCUCCUGGCGCCGGCCGAGCGCCGCUCCGUCGAGGCCGUGGCCGGCGUCUCGCUGGAAAUCCGGGCCGGCGAAUCCCUGGCCGUGGUCGGCGAGAGCGGCUCGGGCAAGACCACCCUGGCGCGGGCGAUCAACGGCCUGACCGAGAUCGCCGACGGCCAGGCCUGGUUCGACGGUGCACCGCUGCACGCCCGGCCCGACUGGCGCCGCCUGCGCCGACGCAUGGCGAUGAUGUUCCAGGACCCGGUCGGCUCGCUCAGCCCGCGCAUGACGGUGCGCAGCCUGCUGCUCGAGCCCUUCCAGAUCCACGGCGUCGCCCUGACGGACCCGGAGGCGAAGCUGCACCGCCUGCUGGAGGCGGCCGGCCUGUCGGGCGCCUUCCUCGACCGCUACCCGCACCAGCUCUCCGGCGGCCAGGCCCGGCGCGUCGGCGUCGCCCGCGCCCUGGCGCUCGACCCAGCGCUGGUUCUGGCCGACGAGCCGACCGCCGGCCUCGACGUCUCGGUCCAGGGCGAGAUCCUGACCCUGCUCAACCGCCUGCGCGGCGAGCUGGGCCUGGCGAUGCUGAUCAUCACCCACAACCUCAACAUCGUGCGUCACGUCGCCGACCGGAUCGCGGUCAUGUACCUGGGCCGGCUGGUCGAGACCGGGCCGGUGCAGGAGGUCUUCGCGCGGCCGGCGCACCCCUAUACCAAGGCGCUGCUGGCCGCCAACCCGGAGCCCGACCCCGACGCCCGGCUGCAGCGCAUCGCGCUGAGCGGCGAGGUCCCCUCGCUGCUGGCGCGGCCGUCGGGCUGCGAGUUCCAUCCGCGCUGCCCCUGGGCCCGCCCGGACUGUGCCGAGCGGGCGCCGGAGCUGGCGGCGCUGGAGGACGGGGCCCGCCACGCGCGCUGCCGCGCGCCGCGGCGCCUCCUCGACCCGCUGGCCGGCGUCCUGGCCGGCGCCCUGGCCGGGUCCCGGCUCGGCCAGGAAGUCGGGCCGCCGCCGCUCGGCGGCGUAGGGCGCGGUGAGCGCGUUGGCGGUGGCGUUGUAGACCAGGAAGACGUUGGAGCGCGGCAGCGGGGUGAUGUUCGAGUUGGAGCCGUGCAUCGUGUUGCACUCGAACAGCACCAGCGAGCCGGGGCCGCCGGUCGGCACGGCCAGGCCGCCGGCGUCGUAGAGGCGCUUCAGGCUGUCGUGAUCCGGCACGCCGAAGCGCUGACGGCGCAGGGAGGUCUGGUAGUGGGAGUCCGGCUGGCGGCCGCGGCAGGGCACGAACCACUUGUGCGAGCCGGGGAUCAGCAUCAGCGGGCCGUUGUGGGGCGUGUUCUCGGUCAGCGCGAUGUUGACCGAGAUGGCGCGCAUGCGCGGCAUGCCGUCCUCGGCGUGCCAGGUCUCGAAGUCGCUAUGCCAGUCAAACUCCUUGCCGGUGAAGCCGGGCUUGAAGUUGACGCGCGACUGCAUGACGUAGACACGCCCGCCGAGGAGCUGCUCCAUCAUCUCCACCAGCCGCCGGUCCUCGGCCAGCUUGCGGAACAGCGCGUUCUGGCGGUGGACGGCGAAGACCGAGCGCACGGCCUCGGAGUCCGGCUCCGUGAUCACCUCGGGGCGGUCGCUGCCGGCCUCGAGCUCGCGCAGGCGCUCCAGCUCGCCGCGAAAGGCCUCGACCUCCUCGGCGUCGAAGAAGCCGUCGAAGGCGAGGAAGCCGUCGCGCUCGAAGCGGGCGACCGCAUCGCCGCUCAACGGGCCGCGGGCGACCGCCUCGGGCGUGCCGUGAACCACGGGAUCGCGCCGCGGAAACAUCGCCAUCGGCGCGGACAGGCGUGUGGGGUAGGCAUCGGCAAGCAUAUCCAUUUCGGAACCCUCCGUGUUUCAAGAACUCCUUUGCUUCGGAAUGCCGGCCCGCAUCGGGCGGGCGGGCGCCGGGCAAGCCCCACGCACGCCAGCGCGUCGGACGGCCGUCACACCCUGCUCGGCAUCGUGACGGACUUCCCAACGCCGCCGCCCCCCAGGGGUGUCCAAGAGACCCGACGGUGCCUGCGAGAGCGCGCGGCCGGACAGCGGGGGCCGUCAGCCCGCCCGCAGAUGAUCCAUGACGAAGUCGGCGCGGUCUUCGAUCCCCGUCCGCGGAAGCUCGACGAUCCGGUAGCCGAGCCGGGCAUAGGUUUCGGCCAUGACCCGGCCGGUCGCCUCGGCUUCUUCUUCGCUCUGCUUGCGCUCGGCAUCGAGGGUGAAGAUCGCCGGCCAAUAGGGCGCGAGGAAGACGCGUCGGUUAUAGGGAAACAGCCUCGCCGCCGCCUCGACAUGCGCGGGGGCGGGCAGGCCGCACAGGGUCAGGUAGCCGAUGACGUCGGGCAGGCCACGGUCCAUCAGGACCGGGCCCGCAAGGGCCGCAGCCUCGUGGUGGGAGCGCAGCUCCCACCCCAGCAUCAGCUCGGCGAACGCGGCCCGGUCCGCCCACGGCAGGGCCGAGCCGCCGAUCCGGACCUGGUCGCGUAUGAUCGCCCGCCCCGCCUCGGGCAGACCGCGCAGGCCGCGGCGGGACAGGGCCGCGAUCAGACUGCUCUUGCCGGACCCGGGCCCGCCGGUCACGACGAACAUGUGGUGGCACAUGCGCCUUCCUCGGAGUGGUUGGACAGGGGGUGUAGAGGGGUCGCCGCUGCGGCCUGGCGUCUACCCUCGCCCGCGGCGGCUCGGCUUCGCCGGCUUGCCCGGUUGCCCGCAGCGCCGCGCGGCCCCCGCGCGCAGCGGGCAGACCGCGGCGGGCAGACCGCGGCGGACAGACCGCGGCGGGGCGGAGCGGCGCUCGGACAGGGGGCAGGACGCGGCAAGCACGCCGCUUCGAAGCGGGUUCGACCGCUUCGUCAGAAUGCAGCGGCGGUCAUGUGCUUGGGAAGUGGCGCGCCCGGGAGGUCUGGGCGAGUCGUUGCGGCCUGCUACCGUCGGCGGUUCCGUCGGCGGUGGGGCAACUCGGGAGGCUGCUGCGCCAUGGACCUCACGGCACACGACGCCAAUGUCACCAGCAAUCCGCUCGAUCUGCUGGAGGAGUUGGUCAACGCCAACGACUGGGCGCACGACCGCUCCAGCGACCAGGAGAUGAUCGUCCAGGUCCAGGGGCACUGGACCGACUACCAUCUCUGCGUCAUCUGGCAGCCGGACACCUGUGCCAUGUACCUGUCCUGCCAGCUCGACGUGAAGGUGCCGGACACGCGCCGCGCGGCGGUGCUGGAGCUCUUGGCGGCGGCCAACGAGCGGCUCUGGCUGGGCCAUUUCGACUUCACCGCGGAGGAGGGGCUGCUGCUGUUCCGCCACACGAUUCCGCUGCGCGGCGUCGCCGGCGUUUCGGUGGAGCAGCUCGAGGACAUGGUCGACACCGCCGUGGGCGAGUGCGAGCGGCUGUUCCCGGCCCUGCAGCUCGUGAUCUGGGGCGGCCAGAAGGUGGAGGAGGCCAUGGCCGCGGCCAUGAUGGACACGGUGGGCGAGGCCGCGUGCGGCGCCCGCGGUGCUGAACAGAAAAUGGAGUUCGUCUUCAUGUCUAUCGAGGGGCCGCUGCUGCUGCUCGGCUGCGGCAAGAUGGGCGGCGCGCUGCUGUCCGGCUGGCUCGACCGGGGGCUGCCCGGCGCGCAGGUCACGGUGAUCGAUCCCCAGCCCGGCGGCGUGGCCGCCUUCACCGCGCGCGGCGUGCGCCAUGUCGCCUCCGCGGCCGAGCUGCCGGACGACCUGGUGCCCAAGGUGGUGCUGCUGGCGGUCAAGCCGCAGAUGAUGGCCGAAGCGGUGCCACCGCUCGCCCGCCUGGUGCGGCCGGAGACGGUGUUCCUGUCGAUCGCCGCCGGCAAGACGGUGGACAGCCUGACCGGCCUGCUGGCGCCGGACGGCGGCCCGGUGGCGCUGGUGCGCGCCAUGCCCAACACCCCGGCCGCGGUGGGGCGCGGCAUGUCGGUGCUCUACGCCACGCCGGAGGUGGGCGACGCCCAGCGCGCCCUCUGCGCCGAGCUGAUGGCGGCGGUGGGCGAGACGGCCUGGAUCGACACGGAGGCCGAGAUGGACGCGGUCACUGCCCUGUCCGGCGGCGGCCCGGCCUAC